GGUACUUUCCGUGUACUUUCGAUGCGAAACAAUGCGAUGCUGUGAUGGAUACCAAAGAGCACUUCGAGUUUCAUAUGAAAGGCCAUUACGACGCGAAGUAUGUGUGUCCGUAUUGUGCAUAUACGGGACAAACCAUUCAAAUAAUCAAACGACACAUCAAUACUGAACGCGAGGCCGCGAAGAAGGCCGAGGAUGAGAAGAAAGGGCUAACCGAAGACCAGAGCGCACACAAAGACCAGAAGAUCUAUAAGUGUUUCGGUUGUAAAGUGUGUAAUAAAAUACACGACAAACUGGAGAAGCGCUGCGAACACAUCGACGAAGACUCGGACAAUGAGUGCGAUUUCGCUCACGAUAUCGACUAUCAAUUUAAGGAUCACCUGAAGAAGCACUUCAAUGAGCUGUUUAUCGCAAUCAAAGACAAGGACAAGAGGAGGGAUAAGAUCCGACCGAUUGUCGACAAGUUCUGCGAAGAGUUGUACUUCGAGAACAGCGCGAAGAAGAAGGUAUUAAUUGAAAAGUUUCACAAAUCGAAGGACGGGAACGAAGGGGGAGACAAACGGCCGGUUGUGAUGGAAUCGGACGACGAUUGGGACGAUUAGCGGUCAUUCACUCACAAUCUCUUGAUUUACAUUUUUAUUUGGCAUUUAUUUUGAAUAAAAUUUUAUCAUGAAUUUUGAACCAAUUUUAAACAAAGCAUUUAUUAAUUUUUUUACUUUAAUUAUUACAUAAUGUCUUUAAAUUUUUGUACUUUUAAUUUUUGAUUAUUUGCUUAAAAUUCAUAAAAUUAUUAUUUUUAUUCAUAAAUCAUUUCUUUAAAUAUAUUAAAUAUUUUACACACAA